AUGCCCAGCUCGCCCAAGGUGUUCUCCUCCUUGGCCGCCGCAGCCUCCCGCCGCUCCUCGCUCCGCCGCCUCCUCUCCUCGCCGGCCGUCUCCGCGGCCUGCCUCCUCUUCGGCCUCGCCGGGUUCCUCGCCGCCGCGGUCUCCCUCUCCCGGGCGCCCGCCGAGGCCCCGCGCGGCCGCUGCCCGGACUCCUCACACCCGCUCUCCGUCUCCGUCGCCUGGGACCGGCGCCCCGGGGAUGCAGCGGGCGGCGCCACCGACCUCCCGGCGGGCCUCGCCACCGGAUCGCGCGGCAGGCACAAGGUCAUGGCCUUCGUCGGGAUCUUCACCGGGUUCGGCUCCGUCGGCCGCCGCCGCGCGCUGAGGCGGACGUGGCUCCCCUCCGAUCGGCAGGGUCUCCUUCGUUUGGAGGAAGCUACUGGUCUGGCAUUCAGAUUCGUGAUCGGCAAAAGCAAUGACAAGUCUAAGAUGGCAGCUCUUGAAAGAGAGGUUGAAGAAUAUGAUGAUUUUGUGCUUUUAGAUCUCGAGGAGGAGUAUAGCAGGCUUCCAUACAAAACGUUAGCAUUCUUUAAGGCUGCCUAUGCGUUGUUUGAUUCUGAUUUCUAUGUUAAAGCUGAUGAUGACAUUUACUUGAGACCAGAUAGACUCUCCUUGCUUUUGGCCAAGGAACGUACACAUACACAAACAUACAUUGGAUGCAUGAAGAAGGGGCCUGUUUUUACUGAUCCCAAAUUGAAAUGGUACGAGCCACAGUCCUUCCUACUUGGAUCAGAAUACUUCCUUCAUGCAUAUGGGCCUAUUUAUGCUUUAUCAGCUGAUGUGGUGGCAAGCUUGGUUGCUCUGAGAAACAACAGUUUCCGGAUGUUCAACAACGAGGAUGUUACUAUUGGAUCCUGGAUGCUCGCUAUGAACGUCAACCACGAGAACACGCACGCUCUCUGCGAACCCGAGUGCACAGCGUCCUCAAUUGCUGUCUGGGACAUUCCAAAAUGCUCAGGGCUAUGCCACCCGGAGGUAAAGAUGCUAGAGCUUCACCAGCGGAAAGAGUGCACGGGUGGUCCAACGGAGGACAGGGAGGCAUGCAUGGACACUGGACCAGGCGGCAUGUCAUGA